UCACAAACCAUAGGCCCAGUAGAGCCCAAAAGCUUAAGUCUCAUUCUUUACACUUUAAGCGCAACCAUCAAAAUUAGGGUUUCAAAUAAAAAGAACCCCCUUUCUUCUUCACAUUUCCAAUCUCUCGCAAACCCUAGCUGCUACCCCCAAACCUCAGGUUUUUGCAGAAGUGAAAAAUGGCGAAGUCGAAGAAUCACACUGCUCAUAACCAGUCUUACAAGGCUCACAAGAAUGGCAUCAAGAAACCUCGCCGCCAUCGCCACCACUCCACCAAAGGGAUGGACCCAAAAUUCUUGAGGAACCAGAGGUACGCGAGGAAGCACAACAAGAAGGUUGAUGACGUUGCUAGCGAAGAAUAGAUGUUUCGUUUUUAUUUUUGAGUAUGGAAAUUAUGUAGGAAAGUUUCUUAUUAUUAUUUUCUGUUGAUGGAUGUUAUUGUUAAGAGGUUUUUACCAGAAUUUUUAAAUCUAUCUAAAGUUUUGUCCUUUUUUUGGUAAAAUUGACGACUUUUGGAUUUCCUACUUUAAUGGAGGUAUCAGAAUCAGACUAUAGUAUUUGCAACA